UCCAGCCUAAAAUCGAAACCAAAAGCAGAUGAAAGGUAACAUGCAUAUCGCUCGACACAGCAGUCACACUAGGACGGAUCUGGAUGGAAAAUGGCAAAAAACAAAAUGACAGUCGUUUACAAAGUCGCUGCUUUGGGUUGCGCCGUCUGCGUCGAUCUGUCCGUGUUCUACACACAUGGAUCAUUCGUGACGCACAGUGUCUCUGCACAUUUCGCUCGCCUCUGGGUGUUCGCGGUUCUCCGGUGCUUGGCUCUAACUGCAGUACUUCAGCUCACUGUCGGACACAUCAAACCGUUACUGUUUCGAGUUAUAACGGCGCACAGUCUACUCCCUGCGGUGUUUGAGACAGGGUCCAGGGUGCUGUACCAUGAGGAGAACCAGUGUGGCCGGCAGGCGGAUGUACGCUGCUGGCUACUGUGCACCGCUGCAUCCCUGGCUGCUGCACUGUUCUGGGAGGUCAUCGUCCCGGACACGGACGAGGCUGCGGCCGGGAGAGAGAAGAAGCAGAAGGCGAGAGUUCUGUUUGUGAGAGUGCUGCGUCUGUACAGACCCGACUACCCGCUGAUGCUCGGAGGGUUUGUCUUCUUGUCCUUGGCGGUUCUGUGUGAGAUGUCCAUCCCAUUCUACACUGGGAAAGUCAUUGACAUCUUAGGUGGUCAGUACCAGCAGAUGGAAUUUGGAUCUGCCCUUUUCUAUAUGGGCCUGUACUCCCUUGGAAGGUAUGGGAGAUUAAUGAUUUCUCUCCUCCACUGUGUGCAAAAGCUUGUAUUUCUCUGCAGGUCACACCUAACCAUAACAACUCUCUAUGUACUUAUCAGUUCUGUGAGUGCAGGCUGCAGAGGGGGUCUUUUAGUCUGUGCCAUCAGUGCAUUCACGUGCAGAAUAAAAGUCAUGCUUUUUGGGGCUUUGACCAAACAGGAAAUUGGAUUCUUUGAGACCACUAAGACAGGUGAACUGACACACAGGUUGUCCAAAGACACUAAACUGAUGGCACAAACAGUGUGCUUGAACGUCAAUGUGCUGCUGAGGACAUUCAUUAAGACGAUCGGCAUGAUUUUCCUGAUGUUGAGCCUUUCAUGGAAGCUCACGUUGAUCAUACUGAUGGAGACGCCCAUCACUGGCCUCAUUCAGAACAUCUAUGACACACACUACCAGAGGCUGACUUUGGCAAUGCAGGACUCUAUGGCUUUGGCAAAUGAAGCAGUGAGCGAGGUAGUGUCCAAUGUCCGUGUGGUUCGCAGCUUUAAUGCAGAAAAACAUGAAGCAUGUCGCUAUGAUGUCCGCCUGAUGGAAGCACAUGCUCUCAAGACCCGGCGAGGCACAGUCAGAGCAGUUUACCUGCUUGUACAGAGGUUGAUCGGGCUGAGCAUUCAGGUCCUAAUGAUGUACUUCGGCAGACAGUUCAUCCAGAGUGGACAGAUGACCACUGGCAGCCUCUUAUCGUUCAUCCUCUACCAGUCUGACAUUGGACGCAGCAUCAGGACACUCGCUUACAGCAUUGGGGACAUGCUGAACUCGGUAGGGGCUGCUGGGAAAGUCUUUGAGUACAUUGACCGAAAACCUCUGGUCACCACACAUGGAACACUCAAACCAGAUGUGCUGAGAGGACACGUCAAUUUCCACAAUCUGAGCUUCGCCUAUCCUUUAAACCCUGACAAGAAUGUGCUGCAGGAUAUUUCUCUGGAGCUGAAGCCGGGUCAGAUGACGGCACUAGUUGGUCCGUCUGGAGAGGGAAAAAGCACCUGUGUGAGUUUGCUGCAGCGAUUGUACGACCCGCAAGCUGGAGAAAUCCUUUUGGACAAUGAGCCAUUGGAAUUGUAUGACCACAGCUUCCUCCACAAUAAGGUUACCGUAGUGAGCCAGGACCCUGUGCUCUUCUCUGGCUCGAUUAGAGACAACAUCGCCUAUGGACUUGCUGAGUGCACUUUGGAUGAGAUUCAGGAAGCAGCACGCAAAGCCAACGCCCAUGACUUUAUCAAGCAGCUGGCGAAAAGCUACGAUACAGAGGUUGGUGAGGGUGGCAGCCAGCUGUCCAAGAGUGAGAAGCAGCGAAUUGCCAUUGCUCGUGCUCUCGUCAGGAGGCCACAGGUCCUCAUUCUAGAUGAAAUAACAAGUUCUCUGGAUGCUGAGAGCGAAAAUGAGGUUCACCAGACCCUGACUGGCUGCCCCAACCAGACCCUUCUGGUGAUUGCUCACAAGCUGCAGACAAUUGAGAAGGCAGAUCAGAUUAUUGUGAUCAGUGGUGGCAAAGUGGAGGAGCGAGGGACUCACUGUGAACUGAUGCACAAUAAAGGGAGCUACUACAAAUUGGUGGAAAAGCUCUUUGCUGAGUGAAGACUUACACGGUAGUUCUGAAAAUGCUGUGUUUAUAGUGUGCUGUGCUUACUGUGUUCACAUGUUCAGAAUGUUGUGUAUAAAUGCUGAAUCCAUCCAUCGCUAUAUUUAUGUUUGUAUAUUUAGUAACAUAGAGUGUGUUCCAUAUUCAAGGAGGGUAUGUUUUCACAUGUCUUUUAUUUUGCAUUAAAUAUGGCAGAAGGCUGGGGUCUGGAGGAACCCAUCAAAUGUUGCUAUGGAUGUGGAUUAAGGGGAAGAUCUGGGUAUUUCAUGUUUUUAUGAAAAAUAAAUAAUUUACUGUGAGUUACCAGGCAUAGUCCUUUUUUAUUUUCACUAUAAGAAAGAUACAAUAUGUGGAGAUUUGUGUAUGAUUUUUCCAUUUCAUUGCCUUGUGUCUUUUUAAAAUUGUAUGAGUGACUACACUUUCCCAAAUACAAUUCUAAUAAACGUUAGACAUCUUG